GAGAGUAGGUACUUUAGCGGGGGCGGGGGGAGAGGAGCCGCAGUCGCAGCUUCUCUUUUCCAUUAGCAACGCUUUUCACUAUGGCCUCCGUUCCCGAGCUCCUGAAGCAGGAAGACGACCGCAGCAAGAUGAGAUCCGUGUCUGUGGACCUGAAUGUUGAUCCUUCACUCCAGAUUGAUAUCCCUGAUGCCCUCAGUGAAAGAGAUAAGGUCAAGUUCACAGUGCAUACAAAGACCACUCUGUCUGUUUUUCAAAGUCCAGAGUUUUCUGUUACAAGACAACAUGAAGACUUUGUGUGGCUACAUGAUACGCUUACUGAAACCGAAGAAUAUGCAGGGCUCAUUAUACCACCUGCUCCUACAAAGCCUGACUUUGAUGGCCCCAGAGAGAAGAUGCAGAAGCUGGGGGAGGGCGAAGGCUCUAUGACAAAAGAAGAAUUUGCAAAAAUGAAGCAAGAACUAGAAGCGGAAUAUCUAGCUGUCUUUAAGAAGACUGUAUCAUCCCAUGAAGUUUUUCUUCAGCGACUUUCUUCUCAUCCUGUCCUCAGCAAAGAUCGCAACUUUCAUGUUUUCCUGGAAUAUGAUCAGGAUCUAAGUGUUAGGAGGAAAAACACUAAGGAGAUGUUUGGUGGCUUCUUUAAAAGUGUGGUGAAAAGCGCUGAUGAAGUUCUUUUUUCUGGAGUUAAGGAGGUAGAUGACUUCUUUGACCAAGAGAAGAAUUUCCUCAUCAACUAUUACAAUAGGAUCAAGGAUUCAUGUGCAAAAGCCGACAGAAUGACCAGAUCUCAUAAAAAUGUUGCAGAUGACUAUAUCCACACUUCAGCCUGCUUGAAUAGCCUAGCUUUAGAAGAGCCAACUGUCAUAAAAAAAUAUUUACUGAAAGUUGCUGAGCUAUUUGAAAAGCUAAGGAAAGUGGAGGGUCGAGUAUCAUCAGAUGAAGAUUUAAAACUGACAGAGCUCCUCAGAUAUUAUAUGCUCAACAUAGAAGCUGCUAAGGAUCUUUUAUACAGACGUACAAAAGCCCUCAUUGACUAUGAAAACUCAAACAAAGCUCUGGACAAAGCCCGGUUAAAAAGCAAAGAUGUCAAACUGGCUGAGGCACACCAGCAAGAAUGCUGUCAAAAAUUUGAACAGCUUUCUGAAUCUGCAAAAGAAGAACUGAUCAGUUUUAAACGGAAAAGAGUGGCAGCAUUUAGGAAAAACCUAAUUGAAAUGUCUGAACUGGAAAUAAAGCAUGCAAAAAAUAAUGUCUCCCUCUUGCAAAGCUGCAUUGACCUUUUCAAGAACAACUAAGUUGCCUUUACUCUGAAUGAACCUGAAUGAACUGAAGAUGAAUGUGAAAACCAGCAUCAAUUGCACUCAAUUUCAUUAGCCAUUGAAGAUUUAUUUUUACUUCUGACUAAAACUUUAGUCUAAAAAUUUAUAUGAAUAAAUAUUUUGCUUUCUGAGAAAUGACUAAUACA